AUGACCAAGUCGUUCCCCGAGUGCAUCACAGGCCUGUGUGUUUGGGCGCCUGCAAGGACAGGACCUUACUUGGUGGUGGUCCAUUCAUCUUUGAAGGCGGUGGAGCUGGCAGUGGUGGAGCUGGCCGCGGUGGUGGUGGAGCUGGUGGUGGCGGUGGAGCUGGCUGUGGUGGUGGUGAAGCUGGCAGCAGUGGUGGUGGAAGUGUUACCGGCGGCCUCAGUGGCUGUGGUGGUGGUCCAUUCGUCUUUGAAGGCGGUGGAGCUGGCGGUGGUGGUGCCGGUUGCGGUGGUGGUGGAUCCGGGUGGUGGCGGUGGUGGACCUUACUUGAUGCUGGAGGUGGUGGAAGUGUUACCGGCGGCCUCAGUGGCUGUGGUGGUGGUCCAUUCGUCUUUGAAGGCGGUGGAGCUGGCGGUGGUGGUGCCGGUUGCAGUGGUGGUGGAUCCGGAGCUGGUUGCGGUGGUGGUGGAGCUGGUGGUGGUAGUGAAGCUACCAGCAGUGGUAAGGGCAGCCGGCCAUGAAAAAUGUGCGAAAUACAGCAUUAAUUAA